UGUUGUAUACAGGAAGGUUAGCCAUUGAUUCGCCUGCAUCGCGCAUGCGCUCUCCUCUCAUCGCAAUGCAUUGUGGAAAAAUAGCAAUGUAAAGAUAGCGAAUUAGUCUAUUUUUAGUUACAAAUGAUCUCAUCCAAAUAGGUCAUGUGACGUAGCCGAGUAAACUAUCAUUCAUGUAUUUCGACUCAUACAUGAAUUGUUGAUAGUGCGGAGUAGUUCAGUUUCUUCACAUACCGAUAUUCAAACAGUUGUCUACAUUUAUGUCAGCAACAGAUUUCAUCUGUUCAUCAAUUGUUAGCCAGCCACCAGUGGCACAACAAACGUUUGUUGAGGCUACAGCUUGCGGUGGCGUGUGUUCGUCUGUCUGUCCGUUCCGUGAUAACGUACAGCUUGGAAAUAAUUUAGUUCAAAAUGCACAAAGAUUGUACAAAUUUUGUGUAGACUUUUUGCGGAUUAUUUUAAGUUCUAGCCAUCCAUUAGGAUUUCAAAUGCCUGAAUCUGGGGACGUCGAGGUCUUGAACCCAAACGUUUCCCGAGGCGUGGGGGUGCUGGCCAGAAGGAGGAUCGGAUUAUCAUUAGACUUUUCUGACAUUUCAACGGACGACUUAGUCACCAAAAGGUGCAAAAUAGAAUCAAUGAAUAUUCAGAUAAAUAACGGACCCUAUCCUCACAAUGGUGGGUCAGGGAUUGGACAUAGGACCAUUCUUCCGGCGGACUUAGCAUGUCGGAUUAACAGAGCAAAAACGGUUCUUGUUUUAGAUUGUCGACCGUUCUUUGCUUAUAACGCGAAUCAUAUUCAGGGAGCUGUGAAUAUUAACUGUUCCGACAGAUUUAAUCGUCGGCGGCUACUUCAGGGAAAGUGCUCAUUAGUAGAUCUUGUUACCUCUAAAGAAGGAAAGGACCUUUUCAAGAAAAGAUCUAAUAAAGAAGUCGUCGUAUAUGACGACCGGACCAAAGACAUUAAAGACGUGGCGACCGAUGCCUCAAUGUAUAUAGUUCUUUCAGUGCUCCGUCGGGAAGGAAAACAAGCUUCAAUUUUAAAAGGAGGCUUGGAUGACUUUCAGUCUGACUACGAAGACUUAUGUAAGAGUUCUCUGAAGGCCCACGAACAUAAGCCAUUGUAUAGCCCCACGACACCUAUUAUAGAGCCCGCCAUUGAAACUGCGACCGCGUCACAGAUUGUGCCUUUUCUUUACUUAGGUAAUGAGCGAGACGCGGCCAACUUACAGCGUUUAAACGAUUUAGGAAUCACCUACGUUCUUAACGUCACAUCACACAUACCUCUUCAUUUUGAAAAUCAUGGAAUAAAAUAUAAGAGAAUUCCAGCCUCGGACAGUGGUCAACAAAAUCUCAGACAGUAUUUUGAAGAAGCCGGUUUAUUCAUAGACGAAGCACGAGAGGCAGGUGCUAAAGUACUAGUCCAUUGCCAAGCUGGGGUGUCAAGGUCGGCUACAAUCACGAUAGCAUUCCUCCUCCGCCACUCUCGUAUGUCAAUGACAGAUGCUUACAGAUUUGUGAAAUCCAAGCGCCAAAUUAUCUCCCCUAAUUUCAACUUUAUGGGUCAACUUUUAGACUUUGAACAGGCUUUAAAUCAGGGACUAAUUUCAAGAACGUUAACUCCGUGCAUUGAAGAAAUCGAAACGUUCGUGUGACCCGGAUGUUUCAAAUUACUCGUUAUACGGAUGCUCAAAUUAUAUUCGGUUCUUUUCUGCAUUUUAAAAAAAAAAACUGAAAAAUAUGUUCAGAGUUGUCGAACUUUAUCAGGGAAACGAACAACGUUGCAUGCAGUUAUUCAUUUAAAGUUAUUUCAGCGGAUUUCAGAAAAUGAUUAGUGACAAGAAAUAAUGAUGAAGUGACGGUCCUGCGGAGUAUUUGGAAAUUAUUUCAUUCCCGAAAUACAAAGAGAGGGGAAUUAGAGAAAUGAGAUUAAACAAAGCAGAGAGUCUAAAAUGACAGACAAGAGGAUGCAAAGGAAUCGCUGAGUCAGCGUUAAUUUUCCCCGUACAUGGUUUUAUAACUUUGCGCGGGAAAAUAGAAAAUAAUUAUUUGAAAUCCAACUGACUUUGAUAAUUAUACUCUCGACUGGAGAAAAAAGAACAUUCCUAGCAGUGACUCAUUAAUAAUGGAAAUCAGAUGUGAGAGAAAAAAGUCGGGUUGAGAAGAAAAUUACAUGUCUUUCACUAAUUUGUUUCCUGGCCUGUGCAAUCAAUUUUUGUUCUUUUUUAAUUUUUGAACAUGGGGAUGUCAGAGAUGAGCAAUGGGUUGGGUGGAGAAAAUUACAGAAAGUGAACAUUACAGAUGGUACAAUUAUAUAACAGGCAUACUUUUCUCAUCAAUUGAGAAUUUGUAAUAACAGUGGUGAUAUAUCAGAGAUUAAUGUUACGGAGGCCACAGUGAUUAAUUUUUCAUGGUAUGGUGUACUGUUAAGGCCAUCUCUCCAAUUCUCCAUCCACUCACUUUGUAAAUAUGCUGGUUGAAUCAUUCUCUGGGUAUACGAUUAUUAAGACAUUGCAUAUGCAUAUAAUUGAUGCAGAUGGACCUAGGUCAAUGUUUUGAUCUAUGUCGCUUAAUUAACGUUAUAUGAGUAAUAUAUGAAAUAUACGAAAGGUGGAAUAUGUGUGAAAAAUGAUAACUAGACUCACAUCCAAAGAAUUUCCGACCAGAAAUGGCAUUUAAUGACAUUGAGACUAGACUGAUCAACAUUAGCUAUAGGAGAAAGAAAUCCUAAUUAUGUUUAGAUAUUUUUAUAUAAAAUUUCAUUAUUUCAUGUUAGAAUUUUAUUUUGAAAUAUUUGUAUUUGAACAGUAUGUUUAAAUGUUGUAAUAUCACACACACACAUAAGUAUUAUCCGGGUAAGAAAAACAUGCUGUGACUAUAAAAAGAACAUGGCUAAUUUAGUUAGUCAGAAAGAAAUCGUGUAAAAAAGAAGAAAAUUGCUCAAAAAAGUUAAACAUAUAAUACAAAUCAUCAGUUUAAAAAAUCACGGAGGCCUUAACCUAUUAUUAUGUGUGAAUCACAUUUUUGGUAUUUUUUGGAAAAAAGGGGACCAAUACAAAAACACCUUCGAGCAACGUAAACAAUUCAUUCAAACAUUUUGUGACAUCUUCAAAGAAGAUAUUUUGACAGCUCUCUUUGUCCAAAAUCAAAUACCGGUUGUCAAGUAACAAUUCUGUCAAUUUUAACAAUUAGUUUAAUUACGGUAGUCUUGAUUUAGCUGACAUUUCUUGAUUGAUGUGAUUUGAAAGAAUGUUUAAAGGAGACUUUAAGUUUUAUUUUUUAACACAAUUUAAACUUAAAUAUUUUAUUCGAUUUAUAUUAACGAUAGGCCGAAUUAUUCUGUCGUUAGAUAGCUUUUUAAAAAAAUUUAUUUCAUUUUUUUAUUAACUUUAUUUAAAUUAUUUUGCGGGCGGUUUUCUAGAUGUAUCAUAGUUUUAUAUUAUUAAGAUAAGUUAUUUACUUUGACAACCGUUAAUAAGAUAUGAAAGUUCGAAUACACUUGACAGUAGUUUUAAUGACAUUUUAUUUUGAAUUUGUAAACUUUAUUAUUUCUUUCAGAAAUCGUAAUUAACGAAAAUGAGAUAUUUUUGAAAUAUAAUCUUUUAUCUGGGAUCAUUCAUAUUGUUCGUUCAAGGGAAGUUUUUCACGUUAAGACGUUCUAUUUAUAAUACAAAUCUUAAAGCAAACACUCUGGGGCAGCGUACUCUAUUGUUCACCAGUAUGUGACUCAUGACUGUACUAUGUGUUAAAUACAUUUGACAAUCUUAGCCGUGAGCUCUCAAAUCUUUAAGUCCUCAUGUACGCUGUACUAAAACACUGUACUGCGCAAUUAAGUUUAUACUUCAAGACGUUUAAUACAUGUUUACAUAUUAAUUGUUUAUUCGUGCGUAUUUAAUAUCCUUUUAUUUUAUGUUUGUUAUUGAACUUAUGAUAUGAGUCAAAACUGUAGACUACUUGAAAUGUUUAAAGAUUUCAUUGUUGUAAGUGAUUAACGUAGAUUUAAAGUUUUAGUUUUAGUAAUCUUUUAUCAUAAUCUUUCCCUGACAAAAUCUUAACUACUUUUUAAGUUGGAUUGAUUCUUUUUAUUUAUUUUAUUAUGUUCAGACCUCCAUUAUUAUCAUAUUGGCUAACAGUAAUAUUUGUACCCAGGAUAAAAAAGACGGGCGUAUUUUAAUGUCGCCACCGUGUAUUUAUUUAACCAAUCAUGAUGUUUACUUACUUUAUGAUAACAUUGAUUUAUGAUUCAGAAAUGUACACUCAUUUCGUAACAUAGCUAAAAUCAAUCAUCAUACACACAAAAAUUAUGACUAGGUUUUCUAAUUACUUUUUGUUUAUUUUAUUGACCACAACAUACAGAAGAAACAAACAAAUACACCCGGAUCUCUCACCUAUAAAACACAUGUAACUACCUCUGCUUCAUUAAAAUUUGUUUUAAUAAUAAGUUUGAUUAAACAAAUUUUCUUUAUUUUUUUUUAUUUUUUUUGUGUGUAAAUUAAUUGUUAAACUAUCAGAAUUUUAUGAGUGUAAUUAAUAUUUUAAUAUGAUUAUGAUUUAAAAAGAUAUUUUUUCACAAUAUAGAUGUAAACAUGUACAUUUGCUAUAGUUUGAGAAGGCAAGACAAUUGCCAAAAUUUUAAUUUGAUAUGUGAAACCAUUGCACUUAUUACAGGUUUUACUUCGGACAUUUUUUAAACAAAAAUAGUAUAAUUAUGGUUAUAUAUAUUAUCAUUUUAAUUCAUACUGGUUAUAUAUUGUCAAUUGGAUUUCUGUGUUUUUAAUUUAUGAAUUAAGUGCUCUUCAUUAUGUAUUCAUAAUCUAUAUGGAGUCUUGUGACAAAUUAGUCAUUGGAGUAUGUCAUGUAGAAAAAUUAUUGAAAAACAAAAAAAAUAAAAACGAGAAAUUAAAAAAAUAUAAAAAU